AUGGGCGAAGAAAGCAGUCUAAAGACGAGCCACAUGGCCAUCGUCUUGGGGAUUGGACUAGGGGUGGUGCUGCUGAUUGUGUUGAGCUUAAUUCUAACCAUCCUCAUCAACCGGCGUGAUCGCCGGGCAUUCUCGCGGUCGAGGAAGAAUCCCGACGAGCGUCUGCGCAGCCUCGAUGCUGUUUCACCGACUCGCACCUUGGAGCAAUGGUGGGCUACCACGAAGGUUGCGAUGGGUCUUUCCGAGGCUGUGGACGGUCAAUUUGUCUGUGCUGUUUGCUUGGAGCAAGUGAACCGCUCCGAAGAAAUCCGCGAGUUGCGGUGUUUGCAUGUCUUUCAUCGAGAGUGUCUCGAAAAGUGGUUCCUGGGAGACCACUUCAAUUGCCCAUUAUGCCAUAGGGCGUACUUUGUCCCAGAACACCCCCCACGAAAUGACUAUGUAUGGAUGGUAUGA